GUACGUACAACGUGAUCGUCGUCGCGGUAUUCUCGCUAAUUAUGAUAUAAUAUACACUGAGUAUCGAGUGUAAACACCGGCUGAACAAAAUCGCCAUCCGGAUCACCGAAAUGUCCGAACUCCGAGACGAAGAGGAACUUUUGGAGACGGUUAACGGUGUGCUGAAAUCGGUCGGAGACAACUUGAGCGCCUUUGUGGAGGAUUGCUCGAAAAAGACAUCCCUCGCAGAUCCGGAUCCAGGUGGAUACGAAGCGGAAUUGGAGUCACAAAUUUUUCAGGUUAGGGAAGAUGCCGCCUCGCUCCUGAGACCACCGGUUGAUCGUAGAAACGAAGGAGUCGAGAAACUCGAGGAGGCGGAAAGACGAUACGAUCGGCUGUACGAACAAUGGGAGGACCGAGAGAAUCGACUGGGUCGAGCGCGAGAAGAGAUAAUCAGGCUGAAGAAUCAGGUGAUGCACCAGAGCACAUUUUGCGCCGGUCUCGGGGCAGUCCUGGGAAACUUGGUGUGGCAAGCGUCGCGUUCUCCGCCAGUGAUAGACGCAUGGAUAUCCAGAUUCCAAACGAAAGUCGGAGACUUCUUGCGCAUCGUUAACGGAACCUUCGGAUCAUUCGUCAACACCUACGGUUCGGUAUUUCCUUCGGAAAUUAGCGACGAGUCCCAGUUUGUCAUGGGUCUUUGCGGCACGGUCGCGAAUCUGUCCGCCAAUCCCGAGGGUCGUCAGUUUUUGGUCACUCACCCGAACGGGAGAGAUUUGCUACGGAAGUUGAUCGAAUUCAUGCCGAUAAUUCCGCUACCCACGGGAAAUUCGCUGGCGAAAUUGACCUUGAUGAUCUUGUACAACGUCAGUAUAAAUCAAACCGGCCUCCUCCGUCUGAUGGAAGACAGAAUUUGUCGCGGGCUCGAACGGUACAUGGAACAUCCGGCUACCGUUGAAUUGAAGCAACUCUCUCUGCGACUGCUGCAGUCCGUGACCUUCGAACUGGAGGACGUUCCAACGAUCGAGGAUAUCGCGGGGACCGUCCUGCUGGAAAGAAUCGCGAAAAUCGGACAAACGGAGUCGGAGAAUCUGGCGGCUGUCGCCAAGGAGAUCCUGUCGAAUCUGGAAAAAUCAAAAUCGUCGCUCGAGCGGUCGUAUCGGCAGAGGUCGCACCGAUCGGGGUGGAUAGAUGCGUAAUCGAUACGCGGGAGCAGCUGAUACGCAACCUGCUACGAUGUGCGACAGGCGUUAGAGGAUCGACCCGACGUAACCUCGGAUAAUAAACCGUCGACUACUGUAACAUGAUCCGUAAAAUGAAACGGAGGCCAAUGAGGCGUACGCGGCACCGCUGAGACACACGCGUCGCCACCGCUAAUUCUUUCGUUCUAAUUUUAACGAACCGCUCAACCGUAGCUGCCAAAAUAUUUUUAAACUCAUCCGUGAUACGUUGUACAUACAUACGCGCGAGUUUGAGCUUCGCGAAAUAUACGUGUGCGCACAACGAGAAUAAAAGGGACUCGCUGCGGCCGUUCUAUAACUUUUCCACGGUUUUUUUCACAUCCUCGUUAUCGAUACCGUCCGACACUAAACCGUGCCGGUGCCAUCUCUGAAUUCCAAACGACGUCGAAUCGUUCCGAUGCAAACCUUUGCAAAUAUCUGCCGUCAAAAACAAACUCACCCGCCUUCGUAAUAUCGGGCAAUUUGGCUGCGUGCGUACGUACGUUACGUCGUAGCGCGCGUAUGUAUUAUAGUCGCGUAAAACUUUCGAGACCUUGGUGUCGUCUGCUUUCGACGAUCGAACAAACCCGUGUUUGAAUUCCGAGAUGUUGAGCGUGCCGCGCGAUUGUUGCGGUCGUCGAAGUUGUUGCUGUAAUAAUAAGAGCGAUAACAACAACAACAACAACAACAACGCCAAAAAUAACAACAACAACAACAACAAUAAUAAUCAUAUCCGAAACCUCGCUUAAAAUUAGCUUUCGAUUUUUCGUGACGACAACCUCGACCGUAACAAGGUAAAGGGUGAGGAAACAACAACA